UGCAACAAAAAGAUCCUGGAAGUGGAACACAAACCUCAAAACAUAGGUUUGGUAUAAUCGCUUUUCCCCUUCAUCGCGCAUCUAACCCUGGAUCUGUUGACUUUUAAGGAAGUUGGACUUCAUUUGUUUUGAUCGGUCAUCCUCGCUUAGGUUCUUUCAGGUGUAGGAAUGACUAUGACAUACAUAUUGACUAGAAACGAGGAUGAUGAUGAUAAUGCAUCUAGCAGUGAGACUAUCGAGACUGAUGAUGUGGGACCUUGGUCGUACCUUAACCAUGAUGUGCUUUUAUUAGUUAUGAUGCAACUGGGGGUCAUCGAUUUUGUUGCUUUUAGUGGUGUCUGCAAGUCAUGGAGAUCAGUAGCACUCAGUAAUUGGAAAACAUUUAUGGAAUCCAAACCACCAAUGCUGGCGUUGAUCCCUCCAAAUGGUCAUGAUGAUAGGCAAUGUUGGCUAGUGGAUUCUAAAGGAAAAGAGUUCAGAACCAUAAUUCCCCAUUCUGGUGGCUGGGGAUCCGUUGGAUUAAGUUGUGGUUACAUGAUCUUGUUGAGGUGGGAAACGUACGACUUCUGGCUUGUGAAUCCAAUCACUAGGCAUGAACUUCAUUUCCCUCCUGCUCCUUGUGUGUCUGAUUUUAUAUCAAAAAUCACUUCUGUCCUUUUCUUUUCACCUUCAAUCUCUAGAUUGGUGUUUGUUAUCUUAGCCAGUAAUCAAAUAUGGUUUUCUAUAGAGAAUGAGGGAGCAUGGAAUCGUGUUUCCUCCACUUUCGACUUUACUUUUAAGGAUUUACAUGUUUUCAAGGGGAGGAUAUAUAGUGUAAGUAAUAAAGGUCAUUUUUGCGAACUCACACUCCAGCCUGAGCCCAAACUGACUUUACUGGAAACCAAGAGUCUUCUUGAUGAGGAUGUAUCUUUCCAGGAGCUUGUAAGUUGGGGUGAAAACAUUUAUGUGAGGGAAAACUUGAAGGCUUAUAAAUUAGAUUUUGGUGAAAUGGAAUGGGUGCCUUUUCAAUAUACAGGAGACGAACAUGCUUUUGCUUUCUUUAUUAGCCACUUGAGUCAUAGUGCUGCUGCUAAACCAGAGUCGUGGGGAUCUGAGCCUGGGAGAUGUUUUAUUAAUGAAGGAGGUGGAAAGGCAAGGUUCUUUAUUGCAGUUGAAUGGUAUUUUCCCCAUGAAUGUUUGAAUGUUAAUCUCUUACAAGAUGCAUGACCUUUAACCACUCUUACUUUUGUGUAUAUUUUCACAGCUAUCAUUUUCUAUUUGUUUUUCUUUUAUGUGAUGUGGUGUCCUUUACUUUGACGUGUGUUGCUAGUACUGCUUUAAUGCUUUAAUUAUCAGUUUAUGGUUUUAUCUUAUAA